AUGUUUUCCAUUGUCAGAACCCCCUUCAUUAGAAACGUACGCUCAUUGCACACUGCUACUGGUCGUGCUGCUACUGUCCCCCAACCCAGAGGCAAUGUCUCUGAUGUCGAGGGGUUCCUAAAGGCCAUUGGUCGCGGUUGUGAAGAAAAUGCUGGAAAAUUUGAGUCCUGGGAAAAGCUCUUCACUGCCGAUAGCCGUACCAUGAAGAACGAUGGUAUCAGUGUCAAGCAGAGAAAGUACAUUUUGGGAUGGUUGGAGCAAUACAGACAGGGAAAGGAUAUUUACGCCAUUUCUGUCCCUAGCCCCAAGAAGAAGAAGUGA